AUGGCAGCACCUACGAACGGGACAACGAGUUUUCCGCAGCCGAUGAAGGCGACAUCGGAGGGAGCAUUCCAGAGAGAAAAUCCCUUGGACUUUGCACUUCCCCUCGCAAUUUUGCAGAUAUGUAUGGUGGUUGCGUUCACGCGAUCGCUUUCGAUCCUUCUCAGGCCUCUCCGACAACCGAGAGUCAUCGCCGAGAUCAUCGGAGGAAUACUACUAGGACCAUCGGCAUUCGGACGAAACAAGAAGUUUCUUCACACUGUUUUCCCAACCAAAAGCAUGACUGUGCUGGACACGCUCGCCAACAUCGGCCUCCUCUUCUUCCUGUUCCUUGUCGGUCUGGAGCUCGACAUGCGCACACUCCGCCGCACGGGCAAGAAGGCCCUCUGCGUAGCUCUGGCCGGAAUCAGCUUACCUUUCUUUCUUGGCAUCGGCACAUCCUUUGUUCUCCUCGAAACCAUAUCAAAGGGCGUCAAAGCAGGCCCAUUCAUCGUCUUCAUGGGCGUCUCCCUCUCCGUCACCGCGUUCCCAGUCCUGGCCCGCAUUCUGGCCGAACUCAAGCUCCUCACUACCGACGUAGGCCGCAUGGCCAUGUCCGCAGCCGCGGUCAACGACGUUGCUGCCUGGAUUCUCCUCGCCCUCGCCAUUGCUCUCUCCGGCGACAGCACAUCUCCACUCGUAUCCUUGUGGGUCUUGCUCUGCGGCGUCGCUUUCGUCGCUUUUGCAAUCGUGUGCCUUCGACCGGUGCUGGCCUUAAUGGCUCGCCGCUCGCUGGAGGGAGAGCCCGUGAAAGAGCUAUACAUUUGCAUCACACUGUGCUUGGUUUUGGCCGCUGGCUUUAUCACCGACACAAUCGGGAUUCAUGCGCUUUUCGGCGCUUUCGUGGUUGGGGUUGUGGUGCCGAAAGAUGGCCCGUUUGCCGGGACUCUGAUAGAGAAGAUCGAGGAUCUGGUUUCGGGGCUUCUUCUGCCGCUCUACUUCGUUUCCAGCGGAUUGAAGACGAAUAUUUCAGCAAUUAGUGGAGCUCGGGCUUGGGGAUUACUUGUGCUUGUGGUCUUCAACGCUUGCUUUGGGAAGAUUGCGGGGACAGUGGCAAUAACAAGGUUGUUUAAGGUGAAGCUGAGGGAAGCCCUUACCAUUGGAUUUCUGAUGAACACUAAAGGGUUGGUCGAGUUGAUUGUUCUCAACAUCGGCAAGGAUAGAAAGGUGCUGAAUGACGAAACUUUUGCAAUCUUAGUUCUAAUGGCCUUGUUCACCACCUUCAUCACCACCCCAAUUGUGAUAACAUUAUACCGCCCGGCUAGGCAAGCGCCGCCCUACGAGCACCGGACAGUACAGAGGAAAGAUGUCGAGACAGAGCUCCGGAUCCUAGCCUGCUUCCAUAGCACUCGAAACAUUCCCGCCAUGAUCAACCUCAUAGAGUCAUCUCGCGGCAAUCGCCGUCGCGGGCGCCUCUGCGUCUACGCCAUGCACCUGAUGGAGUUCUCUGAGAGAUCCUCCGCCAUCUCCAUGGUUCACAAAGCCCGCAACAAUGGCCUCCCUUUUUGGAACAAGAAACGCGAUGACACUGAUCGGAUGGUGAUAGCGUUUGAGGCCUAUAAGCAGCUCAGCAGUGUCAGCAUCCGGCCGAUGACUGCCAUCUCCGCUCUCAACAGCAUCCAUGAAGACAUUUGCACAAGCGGACACCAGAAACGGGCUGCCUUGAUCAUACUGCCCUUCCACAAGCACCAACGGAUGGACGGGGCGAUGGAGUCCUUUGGCCACUCGUUCCACCUAGUGAACCAACGAGUCCUCCGGCACGCGCCUUGCACGGUCGGAAUCCUCAUUGACAGAGGCCUCGGCGGCACCACCCAAGUCGCCGCCAGCGAUGUGUCGUACACAGUGGUGGUGCCCUUUUUCAGCGGCCAAGACGAUUGCGAGGCGCUAGCUUAUGGGGUUCGCAUGGCCGAGCACCCUGGAAUCCAGUUGACCGUGGUUAGAUUCAAGGCCCCACCAGGGAAAUCAUUGACGACGAUAUCAGAAGACGGCUUUCCUGUUAAUGUUGUCGGUAUCCAGGCAAAGGAAAAAUCCUCAAAAAUAAAUAGCAGUGGAAGGGACGAUGACAGCGAUGAGGCCUUCCUCUCGGAGUGCAUGGCCAGGAAGAAGGAUGAGUCAACAACGAUAUCGUACGAGGAAAAGGUGGUGGCUAGCCGGACAGAUAUAGUUGAGGCAUUGAAGUCAAUGAACAAGUUCAAUCUCUUCCUAGUCGGCAGGUCGCAGCCGAUGGCGUCGUUGGUUGAAAGAAGUGAUAGCCCGGACCUAGGACCUGUAGGCAGUUUCCUAGCAUCGUCAGAAUUCUCCAACAAAGUAUCGGUACUAGUAAUUCAGCAAUAUAAUCCGACAGCAAAUCCCCGGCCGCUCGUCGAAGAAGAAGACACGGAAAUGCCGGACAAUAAUAUUCCAGAUACGCCGGUGUGA